UCAGCCACACAAUGGCAAUCGACCUGACACAUAUCAGGGAGGCAACAGGAACAACGAACGGCCUUACCGAGACAAUCGUGACAGCCGCUACGAAUGGCGACGCCAACCAAACGGCAACCCCACGGCAACAACAACAGAAGGAACGGCAAUCAGUGGAACUCAUCAGGGGCGCCUUUCCGCACCUACCCGAGUGGCAAUGGAGGACAUCAAGGGGGCAACGGUGGACGCCAGCAGCAGCCCAUCGUUCGUCACGACAAGAACGGAGAUGUCAUCAUGAAUGCGACGCGCACGAACGGCACGAGUAGCCGCAAUCGGCGUGUCCACACGAAUCAACUCGACGGGUGUGAUCACAUCAACGACACCUGCGAGCAGAUAACAACCGACCUGGAAAUGGUGGGGACCGUCACGGCCGUUGAGUGCGAGGAAGAGGUGGUCAACGUCAGCGGUGUGUCUGUGAGACCUACCUCCAUGAUGAUCGAUUCAGGAGCCGGCAAGACAUGCUGCCACCAGCAGUUUCUCUUCGACGAAAUCAAACCACUUGACCGACACAUCAAGAUCGUCAUGGCCGAUGGCACGUCCGUACCGGCCAGAGGAGUCGGCCGCAUCAAGUACACCUGUGAAGAGGUCAACAACGGCAAGAAGACCGUGUGUGUGGAUGGUGUGCUGUAUGUGCCUGAUCUGAAGUUCAACCUCCUCUCCGUCGCUCACCUGGUGGAUCAAUACUGCAUCGAGUUUCUUAUUGGCCCCGGCGGAGCCCACAUGACCGCAACAAGGAGAGGAGACCGCUACCCGCUGGUCAGACGUGGUCGUUUCUGGUACCUGGACAUGUAG